AUGCCGGGCGCCACAGCCUCGGGGGCCGACGCCGGCGGAAGCUCCGCACGGAAUAGGGAUCACAAGCAGGGCAACCAGGGCCGUAGCUUCACACCCGAACAGGAGGCAGCAGUGAUACGGAUCCGCAAAUGCGGCGCAACAGAAUUCUACGACAUCCUAGCCCUCGAGGCCGUCCGCAAGACGUGCACCGACUCGGAUAUCAAGAAGGCGUACCGCAAACAGUCGCUACUGACGCAUCCGGAUAAGAAUGGCCAUCCGCAUGCUGACGAGGCCUUCAAGAUGGUCAGCAGAGCUUUUGGCAUACUGGGAGACAAGGAGAAGCGCGAGAAGUAUGACCGCUUCGGCGGCGACCCAGACAGCCGCUUUGGCGGUGCACCGCCGCCCAACCCCUUCUCGGGUUUCGCAUCGCGAGGCCCGCCUGGCGCGGCAGGGUCGGCAGGAGGCGGAUUCCCCGGCCGCGCGGGAGGCAUGUGGGAGGAGGAGCUGAGUCCAGAGGAGAUGUUUGCCCGAUUUUUUGGUGGCGGCGGCGGUGGCUUCGGAGGAGGCGGCUUUGGAGGACCUGAAUUCGUCUUUAACUUUGGCGGCGGCCCGGGCAUCCGCGUCCACCAGUUCGGCGGGGCACGACCCAGGAGACGGCCGCAGCAAGCGCAGCAAGGCCAGCAGCAGGAGACUAGCCCUCUGCAGAACCUCAUCGGCCUCCUUCCCAUCAUCAUCUUCUUCGUCCUCCCCAUGAUCACGUCCCUCUUCUCGUUUGGUGACUCGACGCCGGCCACCCCCCAGAUGGUCUUUGACAACCCGCUCCCCCCGUACACGCACGUCCGCGAGACGCCCAACCACAACAUCCGUUACUUCGUCAACCCCGUCGACAUCGCCAAGUUCAGCGACUCUCGUCUCACCGCGCUCGACCACACGGCCGAGGUUAAGCUCGUCCGCCACCUGCGGUCCGAGUGCGACAACGAAAUCAUGCACAAGAGACGUCUGCGUGAUAACGCGCAAGGCUGGUUCUACCAGGAUGUCAGUAAGAUGGCCGCGGCCGAUGCCUACAGGAUGCCGUCGUGUGAGAGGCUGGGCAGCAUGGGUCUCGGUCGUUGA